GCACAGCCCGCUGGCACGGGGCAAGGGGGAAGCAGAGCUUGCACAGGGAGGUGGGAAGAAGGGGCUGCAGGAGUGAGGUGGCAGGCAGCUGUGACCGUGGGCCUGUGCCAUGGGGAGGGACUGGAGCCCGAGCCACAGCAGCCACCUGCCCCCCACCCGUACUCAGGUCUGAGAUGAGGGGCUCCCCCAUGUUAAGUGAACCAUUACAGUGAGGAUGAAGACUAAGCCUGUGAUUACAUCACUGAAUGACAAUACCUCAAUAGCAUGCCAAAUCCAUGGAUAUGAUACACCACUGGAUAUCUCCAAAAUGGGAGUCACUUGGUCUCGGAAGACUUCUAACACAGACAAAGAAGAGACACUGUUCCAGUUUCUUGCUGGAACCUCUACUUCUUAUAGAUUAGGAACCAGUAUAUCUAAGGAUGAGCUUAUAAGGGGAAAUGCUUCACUUUUUCUACCAAAAGUACAAUUUAAGGAAGCGGGAACAUACAGAUGCAAAGUAACUGUUACACCUUCUGCAGCUGAAGACACAGGUGUUUUGGAGGUAGUUGCUCAGCCAGCUGUCAACUUGUUCCCAGAGGAAGUCACAAUUGAAAGUGACAAAGAGAAGACCCUGUCAUGUGAAGUAAAAAAUUUCUAUCCAAAUUCACUUAACAUUAGGUGGGUUAAGGUUUCAAAGAAUCAUCAGGACGGUGGUGUAGCAGGAGAAGACAUCUGCACAGGAACUUCUGUGGAAAAUGAAGAUGGCACGUUUAAUGUCAUCAGCAAAUUAAGGCUGCAGCCAUCUUUGCAAGAUAGUGGAAAUGUCUAUAGGUGUAUAGUGAGUCACAAAUCAUUGCAAGACAAUUUACUUGUUACUGCCACCUUGACUGUGACAGCCCCCAAGUCAGAUGUGGGCACUUUAGCUGGCAUCUGUGUUGGAACCAUACUACUUUGCAUUUUCGUGACUGCAGUGGUAGCUUUCAUAUACAAAAAGUAUUUAAAAAGAAUUCCACCAAACAUAACAGCAUUCACAGGGAAUGUGGAAAUGAAACAUUUGGAAGAUUCUGUUUUGUACUGCCAGAUUUCUGGCUUUCGUCCAAAAUGUAUAAUGGUAGAUUUUUUUCUUAAAAAACAUCAGCAAGAAAAAGAAAAAAUUUACUCCUGGAAAAGCAUACAACAGGACACUAAACAAAGCAGUGAAGGAACUGCUCUCUUGGAGAAGUUCAGAGAUUUUCAGUUUCAGUUAAAUUUGCAGUCACAUGAUAAUGGCACUUUUGAAGUUUCAUGCACCAUUCAUGUACGUCCAAACGUUCAUGAGCAUGACAAUGCGGAGCUUUCACUAGAAAUUAGUCACGAGGCCCUUCAGAGGGGGCCCACUAUAAGAACGACAUUACUGAAGGUCAGAGCUGAGCCAAAUUUGGAUCCAGUGCUGUGUUCUACUGAUGAGCUAAAACUUGAUGAGCCUCUGACUCUGACCUGCAGAAUUCAUUCUUUUUUUCCUAAAACAAUUGAAUUACAGUGGUGUAAAGAUGAACAAGCAUUGGAAGAAUCCGUCACUAGUGAAGAGACUAAGAGAUCAGAUGGACUUUUUUUCUAUACCACUAAUUUAACAUUUGUUCCUAAAGCUGAGGAUGUUGGAAAGAGAUUCACAUGCAGAGCAAAACAUAGGCACUCACACCUGUAUAAAGAAUCUUCCUGGCAGCUGGAAAAUCUGGUACUUAAUCCACAAGUUUCAGAAAUUGUAUGUGAUCCCAGUAUUCCUGAAGUUGGGAAGUCUGUCACGCUAUCCUGUACAAUGACUAAUUACUACCCAGCAGAGUGUCAGGUGCACUGGAUAAGAGACUUUGAAGAACUUGGCAAUGCUGCAGUUAGAAUGCAGGACAUCCAGCCAAAUACAGCAACAAACCUGCAUCAUAAAGCAAGUUAUAUCACAAUUAUGCCUCAGCCAGAGGACCAUGCAGUCACAUACUUUAUGGAAGUUACCCAUUGCAGCAGAACUAUAAGAAAAGCUUAUCCUCUCAUGUUAAAAGGUUUUCCAAAGGUUACAGGUCCUGUUUUUCAUCCAAAUGAUAUGAAAUAUGGAGACCCAUUCUCUAUAACCUAUGAAGUGAUGGAUUUCUAUCCCAAGGAUAUUCAAGUCCAGUGGUUAAAGGAAGAAGAUGAAAUCAGGAGUGGUUCAUUCAUGGAGGACCUAAAACAGGACUCAAAAGGUUGUUUCCACACAUCUUGUAAAUUUGACCUAACUCCCACUGCUUUGGAUUAUGGCAAAAAGAUUGUCUUCAGAGUGAAGCAUGAGACUCUGACACAGCCCAUUACAAAAUACAUGUUCCUAAAACUCCCAGCAAAGUCUCCUACCGUUUCUGAAAUAAGAGCAACUCCUGCCCGACCAAACGUUGAUGAGACCGUCUGUCUUGAAGCUUCUAUAUCUGAUUUUGCACCCAAGGAAAUAAAAGUUGCAUGGUAUAAAGACUGGAUGAAGUUACAGGAAGACAAUACCCUAAAUCUUCAAAGUGCAAGAAAUGGUUUAUGUUUCUAUGUGAGCAAGUUACAAUUUUCUCCAAAAGCAUCUGAUAAUAAAACUUCUCUCAGAUGUGAGGUUACUCAUCUAGCAACUCAUUGCUUUAUAGAGAAAUUCUUUGAAUUGAAACUCAGAGAUUUUUCAACCAGUAUUGGAGAUCUGUCCACUCUGACUACAAAUCAAAAUCACGAAGGAUCAUUAACAAACCCAAGAUCCUCUAUUCUGGAAAGAGCUCCUACCCUGACAAUACAGUGCCUUACCAACAACCCAAAGGCUGGUGAGAAUGUAACACUUCAAUGUUUUAUAUAUGGAAUAAGUACAGACAACACUUACGUUUCGUGGUAUAAGGGAAGAUAUCCUAUUGAAGAAGGAAUAGAGAACACAGACUGUGAGGAUAAGCCUGGUUUUACUACAUCUGUAAAUUUUAAAACCAAAGGAGAUGAGAAAGAAUGCAAGAUUAGGUGUGAAGUUGUUACUGAAGAUGAAACUUUUGAAGAAACCUACACUUUAAAACUUGGAUGACCUCCAUUGAGUGAAGAUCGUAAACAUCACCACAAUUAUCACCAUCUGUAGACUACUCCUGUUAUCAAAGACAGGAAUACCCAAUUACCGGUGAGGGCACACUUCUCACAGGAGGGCCACUCUCUCUCUCCAGUCUCUCAGUCCUGAUCCUCAAGGGAAACUUACACAACACUUCCCAGA